AACCAUCGGAUUUUCGAAACAGUUAUGACGUAAUGAAGCUUUGUUUGCUGAAAUCACGUGACUUGGACCAGUUUGAAACACGCUUCGAAACAAAAGAUUCGUGAAUGUUUCGAAGCCUAAUGAAGCAGUGCUUCGAAAACGACCAUCACUACGUAUGCCGGAAGUAGUACGUAGUAAAUAAUACGUCCGUCUUUAGGCGAAAACAUUUCACUUCGAGAUAUCAGGUGCAACUGAUUAUACUUACAAAUGCACGUGUAAAUAUUUUCUGCCGAUCUCUAGAAUGAAGAGGGAACACGAGGAGCUUAUUUUGAAAGCAUGUGGAGCAAAGUCUCUUCAGAUUGGUGCAAAGAUUCAGACGUUGUGGAGCGGUUAUGGUGAAAUAGUAAGAGUCCACCUGGAGGGAUGUGACAGACCCUCUGUUGUUGUCAAGCAUGUGAUGUUUCCCCAAAACCUGAAACAUCCAGGGGGUUGUAACACAGACCUAUCUCACCAGCGUAAAGUUCGAUCCUAUCAAGUAGAAAGCCAUUGGUACCAAAACUACACUACUAAUGAACGCUGUCGAGUUCCCAUCUGCCUGGCUACCCAGUCAUUUGGAGAUGAGCAGUUGAUUGUUUUGGAAGAUCUUAAUGUGGCAGGAUUCCCAAAAAGAAAAACUAACAUUAACGAGGCUGAAAUGAAGGCAUGCCUCAGCUGGAUUGCCAACUUUCACGGCCUCUUUCUGGAUGUGGCCCCAGAAGGACUUUGGCCCGUAGGAACUUAUUGGCAUUUAGCAACAAGACCAGAGGAAUUGGAGGCCAUGUCGGAUCAAAAACUCAAAGCAGCUGCUUCUGAGAUAGACAGCAUCCUCAACAACUGCACGUUUAAAACAAUUCUCCAUGGUGAUGCAAAAUUAGCUAAUUUCUGCUUCUCCAAGGAUGGUCUACAGGUCGCUGCUGUCGAUUUUCAGUAUGUUGGUGGAGGGUGUGGCAUGAAGGAUGUUAUUUAUUUUUUGGACAGCUGUAUGGAUGAGAGAGAGUGUGAAAAGAAAGCGCCUGAUCUUCUAGAUCACUAUUUUUCAGAGUUACGGAUAUCGGUGGGCACGAAGGCCAGCUUUCCAGAGCUGGAGAAAGAAUGGCGAAGUAUGUUUGCUUUCGCUUGGACAGACUUUCAUCGCUUUCUUCUUGGCUGGAUGCCAGGGCAUCAUAAAGUUAAUAGGUAUAGCAAAAGGCUUGUCCAAGAGGUAUUAAAUAAACUGAAACAAUUGAUUUGUGUAAAGCUGUGUAAAUGGUUAAAUCAAAAAAUAUUCUGAGAUUUACCUGGAUUUUUUAUGUAUGAUAUAAAUCUGGUUGUAUUCUGUAUUAAAUGUGUUUGUGAGAUGUUUUUAUUUACAGUUUCUUUCCUUGUACAGUUGUUUCUCGAUUGGUUGUAUAGGUUAAAUGAAAGUAAUAAAAGCUCACCUACCUACACACAAAUAUUUGCAUUAUUAGAGUUAUAAGAUAGAUAAGGAGAUAACAAAAAAUUAUUAUGAAUGCAAUAUAGGUAUUUAAAAAGUUUUUAAUCUCCUUUGUAUCUAUGUAGCUUUAUAACCCUUCCCAAAAGUCAGUGUACACAGUAUCAUGUGUAAAAUGUUUAUCACUGCUCCAAGGUGAUGGAAAAAUUGCAAAUUUGCGACAUUUGCAUAAGCGGAUAAAGGGAUUAAUGCACUUGUUUUACUUUAUUGUUUAAAGUUGAAUUAUUUUUUUAUUUGAUCAGAUUUUUAAAGUAUUAUUAAAAAGCAGUAUUGGCUUCUCUUCCAUUCAGUGUUCAGAUACAGUUUAACAGGCUUAUUGAUAAAUGCAAAGUAAUAAUGUCAAAAUUAGAUACAAAGACUCAUCCAAAUUCUACAAUGUCUUGUUGAUUAGCAAAACCAUCAGAUAAUUAGCAUGAUUUAUGAAACAUCUUUGUUUACGUUUACCUAAUAUCUCAAAAUGAAAUGUGUUCUGCAAAGACUGACAUAUUUUAGUAGGUAGGUACUACUUAUGACGUACGAGA